CAACGCACUAAAAGCGUCGGCUGUGCGGAUGGGAGAGGAAGAUGGAGGAAAACACUGACAGAGACGUCGAGUCUGGAAAUGAAGCUGGAGGGGAAGAUGCCUUAGUAGGGAAUGUCAACAAGCUGACAGUAAGCCCACCUGGAUACACAGGACCUCUACGGAAAGGACAUCUGAUUUUUGAUGCUUGCUUUGAGAGUGGGAAUCUGGGCCGUGUAGACUACAUCGGUGAUUUUGAAUUUGACCUCUUCAUUCGACCUGACACCUGCAACCCACGCUUCAGAGUCUGGUUCAACUUCACUGUGGAAAACGUCCGGGAGACACAGCGGGUGAUUUUCAAUGUGGUUAACUUCUCAAAGACCAAGAGUCUCUACAGAGAUGGCAUGUCCCCUGUAGUCAAGUCUACCACUAGGCCAAAAUGGCAGAGGCUUCCACCGAAAAACGUCUACUACUACCGUUGCCCUGACCACAGACGCAACUAUGUUAUGUCAUUUGCCUUUUGCUUCGACCGAGAAGACGACGUCUACCAGUUUGCAUACUGCUACCCCUACACCUACACCAGACUGCAGCAUUACCUUGCCAGCUUGGAGCGCAGAAACCUCCCCUACCUGCAGAGGGAGCAGCUUGGACUCAGCGUGCAACAAAGACGUCUGGACCUGCUAACCAUCACCAAUUCUGAAAAUGUGAGGUCAGAGAAGGAGAAGAAGCUGGUUUUUCUCACUGCUCGUGUUCACCCCGGAGAGUCUCCGGCCUCUUUUGUCUGUCAAGGUGUCAUUGACUUCCUGGUGAGCCAUCAUCCAGUUGCCCAAAUCCUUCGUGAUCAUGUGAUCUUCAAGAUAGUACCCAUGCUGAAUCCUGAUGGAGUCUAUCUGGGAAACUACAGGUGUUCUCUGAUGGGCUUCGACCUGAAUCGCCACUGGCAGGAUCCCUCUCCGUGGGCGCACCCCACGCUGCACGCGGUUAAACAGCUCAUAGUGCAGAUGAACCAAGAUCCGAGUGUUAGCUUGGAGUUCUACAUCGACAUCCAUUCCCACUCCACCAUGCUAAAUGGCUUCAUGUAUGGAAAUGUGUUUGAGGAAGAGGAACGUGUUCAGAGACAGGCCGUCUUCCCCCGACUGCUGUGCCAAAAUGCACCGGACUUUUCCUUUUCAAACACUUCAUUUAACCGGGACAAGGUGAAGGCCGGUACCGGUAGGCGCUUCCUCGGUGGUCUUCUUGAUGAUACUUCCUACUGCUACACUCUGGAGGUGUCCUUCUACGGCUACAUGACGUCUGUCGGCACCGCUGCUGUUCCAUACUCUGAGGAGAUUUAUAUGAAGCUGGGUAGGAAUGUGGCUCGAACCUUCCUGGAUUAUUACAAGCUUAACAACCUCACCAAGGACAACAGACCUACUAAUAUACACUGCACUGAUGGGAUUUCCCAGACGGGCAAAAGCAAGAUUUUGAGCAGCACUGGUGCCAUCAGAGACUCAGGCGACGGCAAAAAGGAGAAGAACCAAAUUUUCGGACACUAGUAGACCUAGGUGGAGCAUAUAUUAAAUAUAAAGCAGGAGGAUCAGACUCCAUCCUGUCGAUCCAAACAUGUAUUUUUUUAGGGUCUCCAGAACACUGGGACCAGUUACCAAUCUAACACUAAAUAUUUUCCCACACAUUUCACGUCAGCAUAUGAAUCUCAAGUUAGCCUAGCGCAUGUUUUUGUUUUUAGACUGUUGGAAAAAAACAAACACACACACACAGACUAACAGACAACAAGUAAAUUUCAUGCACAAAAGCUCUUGUUUCCCUGAUCACAAAGACUUGUAUGAAAAGAUCUAUAACAGUGACAUGCUUGACAUUCAAACCACCUUUUUGUAUAUGUGUGCCUCUUAUAAAACACAUAGUGUAUGUAGGUGUUUGGGGGGAGGAUUAUUAAUUUAAAUUAAUUUGAAGGCCUUCAUCUGGCAGCUUUAUGUUGUACUGAAAAUAUGUGUUGAUGUUACAAUUGAUUUGUUUAAUUUAUUCCCCAGACAGUGUUAUGUCUUUUGUUACUAUUAUUAUUCAUUAAAUAUUUAACCACUUCAUACAUCUGGUCUGCUUGAUGUAGUUUUGUAGCAGAACUGCAAAGCCUGUUGUUCCAUGAUUAAUGUAGACUGAAACAAUGUACAUGAAUGUGUUCUCUAUAUUCAUGAUUCUAAACCCUUGGGCAUGCAUUGUAAAAUACUUAGAGCCAUAUAUGUCUUAAUGAUGAAAAAUAUUAACACCAUUUCAAGUUUUGUUGCAUUCCAUCUUGUUCCAACCAUAAACUCCACUGUAUUUAACCAGGGUUGUGUUGGAAUGACAACAUUAGUACAAGUACAUGAUUGUGAAGUGUAAAACAUAUGUUUUAAUCACAUCUGACAAAAACUCCCUCUUCCAGCCGUUUGCUGUGCUCUCUGCAAGGCUUGUGUUGCAAAUGACACUUUUUUGUUUUGUUUUCCUUUAGCAAUGACUUUUUUCUUGCCGCUUUUUCAUAAAGAAGAAAUUUGAGGAAUUUGUCACAAAGAUGAGUGACAUGACUUUCCACUUCACUGAUUGUCUGUGUUCUCAGUUUAUGCAGUGCUUUACUACAUCUCAGACGGCUUACAUUUGUGCCAUACUCCAUUUUAUGUUGAACUGCACAACUGAUUGUGAGCUGGGAAUAUUGUUUUAUAAACAAUGCACCUCCACAGUUGGUAUUAGUUUGAGUCUUUAUGGUGUUUGUUCUCUAAUCUUCUCUAACAAGCAUCUUGGAUAACCAGAGAACAGCUGGAUUUAUGAAAUCACAAUAAACAAAGGUUGGUUGCAUUAUUUUGUUUAGGGCAAGGGAGCAA